GGUACUAUGGGUUGGGGUGCAGGGUUCUGUAGAGUAGAGGGGUGGUGGCUGGGUGCAGGGUAGAUGAGAGGUACAGGAAGGAGAGAGCUCCCACACAGGGUUCAAUGGAGGAGCAGAGGGCAGUGUUAGAGGGGAUCCUGGAACAGUUGGAAGGACCUGGAUCAGAGGUAGGGGGGAGGGGGAGAGCACCUAGGAGGGACCUGAGGAAUGAGGAGCGGCAACACAGGAGAGACUCGGAGACACAGGCAGCGCUCCGCCCCCAUUUCUGUCACGUGAGACUAGCAGUGCCAGGACACAGAUCACAGUCACAGCCUUGGUUACACUGCACGUCUAGCAGGGAGCCAGCACCGCAAUCCCCAACCUACACCUCCAUCCACUGAAUAACCCACUGCCUGCCUCGCUCCUCCAACCAAUCACCAUCUACAGUAUUACCUUCCUUCCUAUCAGCAGAGCAAGGGGGCGGGAGGAGCUGUUGUGAAAAGACUCCUCCAAUCCUGCUGACUGUGCAGCUCUCCCCGCCCCCUUGCUCUCUGCUGAUAGGAUGAAAUCGUUGGUGGGGCGGGAGAGGAGAGAAUCAGGAAGUGAGGAGACAGACAUGGCCACACGUAAUGAUGAACGGCUGCAUCGGCCGGCCGGGAGAAUGUCCCGCAUUGAGUGUACCCGGGACACGGGACAGAGCUCCACAAUAAGGGACUGUCCCGGGCAAUCCGGGACACGUGGUCAUCCUAGAGCCUCUCUCCCUCAUUGUCUGUAGUGGGACGUCUCCCUUCUGUUGUCUCCAUCACCAGACGUGUCCCAGGACUAGACGGUGAACGUCGCAACCAGUCACGCGUACUCUCCAUUGAAAAGAUGAACUGUCAUAGAAUGAUCGGAGGGGGACGCUACGGGACUGUGCAUUUGGGCUCUCAUCCCGCCAUUGACCAGAAGCUGGCAGUUAAAAUUAUAAAAAAGAAAAAAUUACGGAAAAACGAAGAUCAUUGGAAAACGGUUUCCACAGAACUUGGCGUGCUGGAGAAAGUCGGCCAGAGUCCAUAUAUCACACAUAUGUAUGGAAUGUUACAGACAAAGCAUGAAAUCGUCGUUGUCAUGGAACGCCUGAGCAGAGAGGAUCUCUUCGACAACAUGGUUCCAGGUCCAUUACCCGAUGACACCAUCAGAUACUUCAUAGCGGAAAUGAUCUGCGCUCUACGGUACCUGCGUUCUAAGGAGAUCGUCCACAGAAACAUCAAGCCUAAAAAUAUCCUCUUGAGUGAUGACGGCCACAUCAAAAUCACGGGUUUUGGCUUGGCAGUUGCUGGAGUCACAGAGUCCAAGAGGAUCAAAGGACAAGCCGGGAGUCUAACGUUCAGGGCGCCAGAGGUCCAUCGAGGUUUAAAAUACUUCGGCAUGGUCGACUAUUUUGCACUGGGAGUAAUAGUCUAUGUGAUGGCGUUCGGCUGGCAUCCAUUUCUUAGAGGCGGAGAGCCAACCAUGAAAAUAACAGGGAAAGUGCUCGGCAAGAAACCGCGUUUUCCAGAAGGCGUGAACCCUGCCCUCCGUAGCAUCAUAGAGAUCUUACUAUGUAAAAACCAAGAUGAGCGGAUGAUGCUAGCACGUGGCAUCCGAGGACACCCCUUCUUACGGAAUGUGGACUGGAAGGAGACAAAGCAAGGGAAUUCACCGCCACCAUUUCCAUCAGGAAAUGUUCCUGAGGAAGAUCUGAGUGCAGGAAUACCAGGGGAUAAAUUCCUUCAAUCUGAAGAACACCAUGAGUCGCCGAUAGAGCCAGAGGAGCAGAAGAAAUUCCAUGGCCAGGAUCCUCACCGUAGUGCCUCAUCACCACCAUUGGAGAGCCAGGAUCCUCACCAUAGGGCCUCAUCAUCACCAUUGGAGAGCCAGGGUCCUCACAGUAUGGCCUCAUCACCACCAUCGGAGAGCCAGGAUCCUCACAGUAUGGCCUCAUCACCACCAUUAGAGAGCCAGGAUCCUCACAGUAGGGCCUCAUCACCACAAUCGGAGAGCCAGGAUCUUCACCGUAGGGCCUCAUCAUCAUCAUCGGAGAGCAGGGAUCCUCACCGUACGGCCUCAUCAUCACCAUCGGAGAGCAAGGAUCCUCACCGUACGGCCUCAUCAUCACCAUCGGAGAGCCAGGAUCCUCACAGUAUGGCCUCAUCACCACCAUCGGAGAGCCAGGAUCCUCACUGUAGUGCCUCAUCACCACCAUCGGAGAGCCAGGAUCCUCACCGUAGUGCCUCAUCACCACCAUCGGAGAGCCAGGAUCCUCACCAUAGGGCCUCAUCAUCACCAUUGGAGAGCCAGGAUCCUCACAGUAUGGCCUCAUCACCACCAUCGGAGAGCCAGGAUCCUCACUGUAGGGCCUCAUCACCACCAUCGGAGAGCCAGGGUCCUCACAGUAUGGCCUCAUCACCACCAUCGGAGAGCCAGGAUCCUCACAGUAUGGCCUCAUCACCACCAUUAGAGAGCCAGGAUCCUCACAGUAGGGCCUCAUCACCACAAUCGGAGAGCCAGGAUCCUCACCGUAGGGCCUCAUCAUCAUCAUCAUCGGAGAGCAAUGAUCCUCACCAUACCGCCUCAUCACCACCACCAACGUACAGCUUCACCAUCGCCAUGGAAGAGCCAGGAUCCUUACAGUGGAGCCUCAUCACCUCCAUCGAAGAGCCAGAAUCCCCACAUUGGAGCCUCAGCAUCACCUUUGAAUAGGCAGGAUCAUCAAUGUGGAGCCUCAGAUCAUUAGACUCUGAAGGAUCUACAACCAUCUAAUGUGACAUUUAUUUUUCAGGGACAACUUUUUAAGGUCCCAAUGAUAUAGGUAGGAAGAUACAUUUUAUUUAUCAUCUACGGAUGACAAGACAUAAAGACAUUGUGACAACAACCACUGACUUCCCUAUUACCAAGAUCUCCAGAGAAUGUGGUUGUGUCACAUAUCAGACCACCCAUCACAUGUGAUCUGACUGCUGCAUGAUAGCGGCGUAUGACGUCACACGUGACAUGGGCAUGCCUACUGUGCAUUCGUAGAGCAGCCACAAUCCAGAAGGCCAAUCAGAGCGAAGCGUGAUCUCAAGCUCCACCCCCAGGCAACAACCAGCUCAGACCACUCCCAAAGAGUCACUGCCAUUGGCAGGACAUGUGGAGGAGGAGCGGGCUAUAUGGGAAGGAGUCUAACCAGCAUAUAAUUGGGAAAAAAUCAGGAGUGUCCAUCUUCUUAAACCACUAAGGACUCCUUCACACCUACCAUUUUAGCAUGCAGCGAAAUGGAGUAUUAUCCAUGGGUGCAAAGUGUGCAGUGCACAUGGGCCCCAUUGGGGGGUGGGGUCCACUGUGCUCUGACCCACACUGCAACCAUGGAACUGUGACGAUUGUGAGACACCAUUGUCCUGUUUUCCCACUUAUAUGCCGGAUAGAAUCUUCCCCCAUAGCCCACUCAUCCUCCAUAUUUCCUGCCAAUGGUAUCUGCAGCAUUGACUCUCCGGGAGUGAUUUAGGUGGGUUGCUCCCCAGGGGGGGAGGGGGGACUUGGGAAUGGGCCUCCCUCUGUAUGGCUUCCUGGAAUGAUAUCCAUGUAACCCCAGGAGAUGGUUGGGGUUACAUGGAUGGAGGUCGUAGUAAUAGGAAAGUCAGUGGAUGUUGUCACAAUGUAUUUAUGUCUUGUUUUCUGUAAAUGAGAAAUAAAAUGUAUUUUCUUAUCUAUCCCGCCUUGAUGUGGGGACCUUAAAAAGUCCAACUUUGUCCCUCUAAAAUAAAAGUCAAAUCAGAUGAUCCGAGGCUCUAUCUUUAUGAGAAAUAGAAUGUAUGUUCUGAUCUAUAAUGUCUUGAACAGUAUACAAAGUCGUGCAUUUCAUAAGGAGAUGAACUGGUCACCCUAGACUGAUGAUUCAGGGACUAUCUGAUCGCCUUAGGGGGUCAGGAAGGAAUUUUUUCCCUUUGAAACUCAUCUGACUGAGGGGGUUUUCGCCUUCCUCUGAAUCAUCCUAAAGGUUUAGGAGUCUGAAAAGGCCCCGCCUCUGAGGAGUCAGAGGAUAACAAUUAGAGGUAGACCUAUAUGGGUUUUUCUAUGGCCGAUGCCGAUAUUUAGAAAUCAGGGCGGCCGAUGGCCGAUAUAUAAUGCAGAUUUUU